AUGCGGGUUCCAUCCCAGCUGUUAAAUACUGAGCUGACAGAGAAGCUUUUCUCAAUGGCACACGCCGUAGCCUUAGACUUGGCAGCCAUCAACAUCCAGAGGGGACGUGACCAUGGAAUUCCACCUUACCAUGACUUUAGAGUAUACUGCAAUCUUUCUUCAGCAAACACCUUUGAAGAUCUAAGGAAUGAAAUCAAGAAUCCAGAUAUAAUUGAAACAUUAAGAAGGUUGUAUGGAUCGCCGUUAAAUAUAGAUCUCUUCCCUGCACUUAUGGUGGAGGACAUCAUUCCUGGGAGUCGGCUGGGACCAACGCUCAUGUGUCUACUAACUACUCAGUUUAGAAACGUAAGAGAUGGAGACAGGUUGUGGUUUGAAAAUCCUGGUGUGUUCAACCCUGCACAGCUGACCCAGAUCAAG